CUGGAUGACGUUUACCUCAGGAAACGCUGGACUCGUGCCUCAGGGACUAAAUCAGACUGUAUUUCGGACUUAAACGCUUUAAGCGAGGCUGGUGGGGCCAGUAGCGGCCUUAUGAGGUCGUAGUGUCGGCGCUGAGCCUCGUCCACAGAGUGCUGGAUGCUGCUCUCCGUGAACAGAACGUUAGCUCGCUCCACGGCUAGCUGCCUCUGAGGGGACGAUGCGGUUCAUUCAUUUGGGCUAACGGCUAGCUUGGCAGCGGAAGUUCGUGCUCACCGGAGCAGCUCUGCUCUUCUUGUCUACUUACUUUUUGCUUGCUGCUCUGACUGACGGAAGCAAGUGUCAGUGUGACUGAUUCUCUGUUAAAUUAAGAGGUAACUGAAUUGAACCGCUGUAGCGUCAGUCAGUCUGCAAAGUGAGUCAGGAUCGCAAACAUAACUUGUGCUGACGUUCAUUGUUAUGGAUCACGAACAUAAAGCGAAGGAAGUGGCUGACUGCUUGCUAAGCUACAAGAGAGACGAGUCUGGGUGGAAAGUCUGCAAGAAAUCGAACGAUGUGAUUGUGUCAUGGCGUCCCUCGUCUGAGUUCCCUGGGAAUGUUUACAAGGGUGAGGGGAUCAUCGUUGGCAGUCCUGAGAAAGUGUGGGAAUGUCUGAAACCGGCACCCAAUGGGCUCCGAGUUAAAUGGGACAACAACGUCAAAAAGUUUGAACUUCUGGAACAAAUCACAGAGGACAUCUCUAUCUGCCGAACAGUCACGCCCUCAGCAGCUAUGGGUAUCAUAGCUCCACGAGACUUUGUAGAUGUUAUUUUAGUUAAGCAAUACGAAGAUGGCACCAUUUCAUCAAAUGCUACCAAUGUGAGUCACCCCGGAUGUCCUCCCCAGUCUGGCUACGUGAGAGGAUUCAACCAUCCAUGUGGUUGCAUCUGUGUCCCCAUCUCAGGAGAGCCCAACAAAACCCAGGUGUUCAGUUUCUUCCAGACAGACUUGGGUGGCUUCCUCCCUCGCUCAGUGGUCGACUCGUUCUUCCCCUCCAGCAUGACUGAGUUCUACAGCAACUUGGCCAAGUCGGUGAAAUCCCUCAAAGACCUUUGACACCAAGCGUUGAGAAUUCCUCCUCAAGCCUGAGGCCCACUGACCACUCAGGCCACCAGAUGUUCAUUCCGUUUUAAACAGUCAAGUCCAACAACAGUCAGCGCUCUGAGAUUAUCUAAGAUGCCAAAUAUCCAAUUCAAGUGGAUCUAGUCCACACUUUAUGUUAUGUAAUGUACAUUCCUUAAUUCCUGUGUUACUGCAGGAGGAGUCUAGUAAGUCUUUAACAGUGAGCACUCAUAUCUGGAAAGUUCUCCCUUGAGAACAAGGGCUUACAUUUGACAAAUUUUUAAAGUGAAACUCCCUUUACAUUCCCAUCUGUGGGAUCAGUUUAGUUCCUCUAAUCUUAAAUUAUAGCAAAUAGAUGUAAAAUAUAUUUGUAGAUGUGCUACAGGUACAUAAUACUUUCUACCAGAUAAUUGUGGCACCAGAUGUUUACUCUUCUGACUGCAUAAUUCACUGUGUACUGUAAACAUGCAUGUUGCAUGGACCUUAUUGACCCUGUGCUGGUAUCAGAUUGCUGGUUUGUACUGACUCAUACCUCAUAUUUAGUUUUUUGUAUUGUGCUUGAAAUGACAUAGUUUUGUGGAUUUCUGGUCACCUGUAAACCAUGAAUACCUGCCUCUAAAAUGUAGCUACACUAAAACACUAAAGCACAGAUGGGAUGCCAAAGGUGAAUUUUUUUUUUUAACAGUGGCAUUUUUUUUCUUCGUAAAAGAAUAUCUAUUGAGUAAGGCUUGUGUAGUACUGCUUUACAAAGCAGAAAUGUGUCUUCCCCUUUUUACAUGGCAUGAUUUAAGUUGAACAUUUGCCUUUCUUUUUCCCUAUAUACAUACUUAUGUAUUUGUAACUAGUGUUUUUUCUGUUUUCUGGCUAACUGGGCUCACAAAACUGAUCGGCACCUGGCUAAUUAUCCAGUCCAGCUAUUACUGGGUCAUUUUUUAAAUAAGGGAUUCAAUGUAGGGGAAAUAAAUCCCAUCUAACAUGGGGAAAUACCAAUCAUAUUCAUGAUUCAGUAAGUUGAUAGAGCUAUUGUGGUGAACUGCUUGUAUCAAAUAAAAUAAUUUAGGAUGUAAAAGAAUCUAAUAAUAAUAAUAAUAGGCUGGUAUUAUACAAGUUCACUACCAUAGAUGUUCCUCCGUCAAAACAAAUCUGUUCUAAUGCAUAAUUGUCAGCAGUUUCUUUGUACAUAUGUCAAUUAUAUUGGCAGACAGAGAACAAAAGAGAAAGAUUUGUUUUAAAAAAAAAAAGAAAUGAUUGUUAAGCACACUGUGAAGUGUCUUAAUGUAGGAAAAUAAUGUCAGAAGAGACAGUUUUUUUUUUUUUUUAAAGAAUUAUUUAAAGUGUGUUUAUUGGAUCUAAGAUAUACAAAAGGAAAUACACCAAGGCUAACAAAAGAACUGCAAAAUGCAUUAUAUGUAUAAUGGUACUGGUGACAAAGGGAGUAAUGUCAGGUCCAUCGCUUAAAUGUUGAGGGAAGGGCUUACUGUGUCAUCCGUCUUCUUACUCCAAUAAUACAGCUUGCAACUGUGCUUCAUAGAGUAGCUUUACAGUGUUUGAGCAGAGCUGUAGUUGAGCUUGUGUAGUGCAGACUUACAUAUGAGCUGUUUUAGGGCAGGUAGUUUUUAAGUCCUGAAGACAUAAGUACAGUGAUAACUGAACAGAAGUCUCCCUACACUGACCAUUUAAAUCAUGUUGUCUAGUUUUUUUAAAGGUACGACACAUUUUCAGGUUUAAAAUUUGUCUUACUUACAAACUAAAAUCAAAGCUUAGAGCACUUAAACAACAAAUCCAAAAUCCUGUCUGUUUUUAUUUAUUUAAUUUGAAACUAUAUAAAAGUUGGAAUUGUAACAAUGUUACUUAUAACUCUUAUAUAUAAUAUACACUCCCCUCCAACAACACUGGAACAGUUAUUUUUGCUGUAGACUUAAAACAUUUGGGUUUGACAUCAAACGAUGACUAUGAGAAGAGAUCAACAUUUCAGCUUUUAUUUCCAAGUAUUUACUUCUGGGUCUGAUACACAACUUAGAAGUUAGUACCUUCUGUUUGUACAGAUAUUGCCUCAUAUUCAUGGUUUGAUGUCAAACCCAAAUGUUUUCAGCAAAAAUAAAGGGAUUGGCCUCACUGUUCAAAUACUUUUGGAGGGGAGUACAUACACAAAUGCAGGUUAUUUCAUAACUGUCAUAAUCUUUUUCAUGUAUUUCGAAAAGACUAGACACGCAAAUGUACUCAAUUUACUCUUUAUACACUCAGGCUCCCUCUUUUUUUUGGCAUCUUAAUUAUACAAGCCUUCCCUUCAUUCCUUCAUCAUUAGCUUUGAAGUGGACAGCUACUUAAUGACAACUUUUGGAUUUUCUCAUUGAAUUAAUUACUUUAGGUAUAGUGCUUGGACAACGUCAGCACUUUCUUAAGAACUCCCUCUGUAUGAAAUGAGCAUGUAAGAGUUUGAAGAUGAUUUAAACCAUGAAAAGUUUGGUGAUUGAUUCGCUUUGUGUAGUGAACUAAUAGUGUACCCACUUUCUCUGGAGCCUUUCCUCUCAUGGUGAGCCAUACACAAUAGGCUGUUAUUUUUUACCUAGUAUUUUGAGGAGUAUCAAGAUUCCUUUGAAAACAUUUUACCACAUUACCUGGAACAUGUUUUACCUCACAGUGUGUAGACAGUGAUUGUAAUGAACGACCUUAAAUGCAUUCCACCAUUUUCAAGUUCCAACAUGUGCUUGGUAUGUCAUUGCUUACAUGUGGAUCUAAAGACAUUUUUAUGUGUGUGUUGUUAAAAUGGAGAUGGGACUUUAUUUGUUAAUGUGACUUUGCCUCAGUGUACGUACAGGUCGCUGCUAAAGGAGAGAAAAACAUGCACAAUGUAGAAGAAAUACUAAGUGAAUAAAAACCAGCAAAGCACUUAGUUUUUUGCAUUCAUGUACGUAAAUACUACAUUACUUUUUUAACUUCUUGACCCAUUUGGAUUUGUUGGGUUUCUCUCUAAUGUGUUAUUGUAUGCUCUUCACCUUACUAUGCGAAGUGCCCUGAGAUGAGAUGUUGUGAAUUGGAGCUGUAUAAAUAGUAUUGAAUGAACCCCA